AUGGAAGGCAAAUACGUGCGAGCCACCAGCGGCUCCGAUAGUGACCACAACGAGUUGUCUCAUAAUGGAGAAACCAGCGAAACCUCGAUGCGUCCGGAAGACAAGGACAUGGAAGUCAGCGAUAGUAGCAGCUGCUGUGAGAGCGGCCAAAGCGAUGCUUCAGACCGUGACGAGAGUUUUGAUUCCAGUUCUGACAUUUCUGACAGCCAUAACGUUUCGGAGACUUCGGACGCAUUGUUGGACGACGAGGAACAACAUUUAAAUACGGUGAAUACACAAACUGCAAUCCUCGAAAAAUCACCGGAGAAACCAACAUCCACGCCAACUAACGCAAAUCUUGAGCUAGCCCACAAAAUCGAACGACUCGAGAAAGUCGUAGAGAAUUUAGUUCAAGCCAUGGCAACCAAUAAGCAACCGAACGGCGGAGUAUUUACUGCCAUUCACGACUCGACUGUUCCAGUUUCCAGGAACGAACACGGUUACAGCACAUGUACCACCACGCGAGCCAAUGUCCACGACAGUUGGAAUAUCUCCCAUGAGCGCGUUGAGGGUUCCAUUUCCUCACCAAGAUGGGAACACAUAAAACCGUUUCCCAACGGUAUUCCCGCGAAUAAAAUGUGGGAGGAAUGGAACCGAUUUUUCGAAAACUUCGAACUUUCGGUGUCUCUGGGUAAUGCUACCAACCCAGUACAACGAUCGAAGUUGCUUUUCCUAUGCUUGGUCCAAGAGCUCCAAGGAAUCGUGAGAGCCGCGGAUCUACGACCGGGGCUGGAAGAACCGAAUUGCUACUCUAUCUUCGUGAGCAACAUUACAAGGUACCUCCAAUCCAUGACGGAUACCGCGGCGGAGCACGAGGCAUUCGCAGGAAUGAUGCAAGGUAUUGGAGAGUCGGCGGUUACUUUCCAUUCCAGACUACGGGAGAAAGUUCGUUUGUGCGGCUACAGCACCACAGAUCAGGAGCGUUUUGUCAGAGCUCAACUGCUAAAGGGAUUGCGUAACAGGGAUUUGAGCAAAACCGCGAGAAUAUACAAUAAUGACACAAACUUCAUUGUGCAAUCCGCAACGAGGGAGGAAGCUUAUGAAGCAGAAACGGCACAGCCGAGUGGUUCCGGAAUUUCAGCAGUGCAUCACGGCAAGUCCACGGACUUGCAACGAAAGCGUAAUAGAGAUGAUCGAGAAAUUAGAAACCAGUCGAAGCGGUUCCGCAGAUCGGACAAGCGACCCGACGCACGCUACAACCGUUGUAACCGUUGCUACCGUCCCGUUCACAGAAGUGGGGCAAUUUGUCCGGCACGGGAUAAGAACUGUAACGGGUGCGGUGAACGAGGACAUUUCUUGUCAGCCUGCCGAAAGCGACGUGUGAAUAGUCUUCAAAACGAUGCGGCCCGUGAAAAUCCCCCUGGUUGGACCGAUGAGGAAGAGGAGGACAUAAAGCACAUAAAUGCCCUUUCCUUUAAUGACGUGCUGAUUGACUGUAGCGUUGGGUCUUCCAAUCCGAUUACCUUCCUAAUUGACUCUGGGGCCGAUGUGAACGUCAUCGGAGUUGACGAUUGGAAACAUCUAAAACGAGAGUUCCAUAAAGGUCGGGCCGAGCUUUAUCCGAUUCAGCCAUCCAUACAGAAUGGGUUACACGCAUACGGUUCAAAAGAACCGUUAACCAUCAAUGUCGCGUUCAGAGCUAAAAUCAAUGUUCCUGGAACCUCCAACUCUUCGGUUGAGACAACAUUUUACGUCGCAAAUGAAGGACAGCGUUCGCUACUCGGUCGAUCCACGGCGAGUGACAUGGGUUUGCUGCAUGUAGGACUAUCCAUCAAUAUCUGUGAGUACUCUGAUGGGCCUGGAAAAUUCCCGAAAAUGCCAGGAAUUAAAGUUAAGUUUAGCGUCAACAAGAGCGUUGUACCGGUGAAGAACGCGUAUUACAACGUUCCAGCCGCCUUCAGAGAAGGAGCACGGAAAAGACUGCAGGAAAUGGAAAACCUUGGCAUUAUAGAACGUGUCACAAAGGCACCAGAGUGGAUUAGCGGUAUGUCGACGGUUGCCAAAGGCAAGGACGACUUCCGGUUGGUUGUCAAUAUGAGAGGACCGAACAAGGCAAUCAACCGUGAGUACUACCGGCUGCCGUUAAUCGAUGAAAUGAAGACAAUACUUCAUGGAGCUCGGUACUUUUCGAAGCUCGAUUUGAGCAACGCGUACUACCACCUAGAACUGUGUCACGAGUCACGUGAUCUUACAACUUUCUUAACGGAAACGGGGAUGUACCGUUUCACAAGAUUAAUGUUUGGCGUGAACUGUGCGCCAGAAAUAUUUCAGCGUGAAAUGAAACCUUAG